UAGGGUGGUGGGUGUGAACUUCAAUUAUAAUGUGGUUUCGUUUCUUAACUUCAAUUAUACUGCUUUAUCACUCAUCCAAUAAAUUAUUGCUAUAGAUUACUAAUUGAAAAGCCAUCUAAGUUCACCUUUAGUCUCCCCAUUUGUCUCUCAAUAUAUACAGAGACACAUCUUUGAGCAAAACGCCUGUCUCAUCAGAAGAACUAUGGCCGACGGUGAGUGCGAAAAGGUCCACAUAGUAAUGUUCCCAUGGCUAGCCUUUGGCCAUAUGAUCCCGUACAUGGAGCUUGCCAAGCUCAUCUCCCAGAAGGGUCACCGUGUUUCCUUCCUUUCAACCCCUCGGAACAUCGACCGUCUCCCUAAGCUCCCUCCAGAACUGGAGAACCUAAUUGACUAUGUGAAGUUCCCGUUGCCGGCCACAAAUGACCUGCCCGAGGAUGCCGAGGCCACCAGUGACCUGCCAUAUGAUGAAGUCCAGUACCUGAAGAAGGCAUACGACCGGCUCUGCGACCCCGUAGCCCGGUUCCUCGAGUCUUCGUGCCCGGAUUGGAUUCUCUACGACUUCGCCCCUUUCUGGGUAGGCCGGAUAGCUAGAGAGCAGGGCAUCAAGACGGCCUCGUUUAGCAUUUUCAUAGCGGCUUUCUUGGGCUUCGUUGGCCCUACAUGGGCAAUAAUGGGAGGAGACUACCGGAAAACACCCGAGGACUUCACGGUGGCUCCAUCUUGGGUCCCAUUCCGGACAAACGUGGCAUUUCGGUACUUUGAGAUCAAGAGGAUUUUCGACGUCCUUGAGGCUAAUGCGUCGGGAGUGUCCGACUUCUAUCGGUUUGGGACUGGUCUGGAGAGCGCUGACAUUCUAGCCGUGAGGAGCAGCUGCGAGGUCGAGCCGGAGUGGCUCAAGCUACUCGAGGAGAUCCACCAGAAACCGGUCUUCCCGGUCGGUCAGCUCCCCCCGAUGGAUUACCUCGGAGAGGAGGAGACUGGCACAUGGCAAUGGAUAAAGGACUGGCUGGACCUGCAAAAGAGAGGCUCCGUCGUUUACGUGGCUUUCGGGAGCGAGGCGAAACCGAGCCAGCUCGAGCUCACCGAGAUCGCCCUCGGACUGGAGCAGUCCGGGAUGCCGUUCUUCUGGGUCCUCAAGACACGGCGAGGUUCAUCGGAUAAGGAUAAGAUCGAACUGCCGGAUGGGUUCGAGGAGAGUGUGAAGGGGAGGGGGGUGGUUUGUACGAGUUGGGUGCCUCAACUCCGGAUACUCGCCCACGACUCGGUCGGCGGGUUCUUGACUCACUCCGGUUGGACCUCAGUGGUGGAGGCACUGAGCUUGGAGAGGGCCCUUAUACUGCUCACGUUCUUGGCGGAUCAAGGGGUGAACGCUCGGCUUUUGGAGGAGAAGAUCGGUUACACGAUCCCGAGGAGCGACUGGGACGGAUCGUUCACGGGGGAGUCGGUGGCCGAGUCGCUCAGGCUGGUGAUGGUGAAGGAAGAGGGAAGGAUCUACAGGGAGAAGGCGAAGGAGAUGAAAGGGGUAUUCGUGGAUGCACAACUUCAAGAUCAAUACGUAGAAAAUUUACUGAAUUAUCUAACAGCAAAUAGACCUAAGAGGUGCACCUGAUAGGGUGCGUAAACCUAAUUAUCGGGUUAUGAUCAACCUUUUCUUUUAAUUUCUUUUGGAUGAUGUAAUGUGUGCUCGAGUUAAGAAAAUUUGACAGAUGUUGUACCGACAACAAGGUCAUCGGGAUAUUGAGUAUUACACAAUGUCGAUUAUCUAAGUAAAUAAGUA